AUGGAGGUUGAAACAAUGAAGAAAUGCAACUUAAGCACAGUGAUAGCAUGUCUCUUGUUCUUCGUACUCUUCCUUGUAUCUCAGAUGAGGAUCUCAUCAAUCUCCAAUAAACUAAUUGCAACUAUUUCUACUUGUAUGGAUGAAGGAACAACAUUUUCAGUGUUUUUGGACCCGCAAUCCCAAGAACAAGCUCACUCAGACUCAGCCGGCCCAAUUAUUUGCAACCGCUCUCAUCGUAGUUAUGAUAUCUGCUCAAUCAACGGCCCAACUAUCUUGGACCCCAAAGUGUCCACCUUCUAUGCUAUUGGCCACACCAGUUCAACAACUCAGGUGGAAAAAGUAAAACCUUACCCUCGAAAAUGGGAUAUAUUUAGAAUGUCCCAAAUCACAGAAGUCACUCUCGCCUCAGGUCCACCAAGGGCACCAUGCAUGGUCCAACACAAUGCCCCAGCCCUGUUAUUCAGUGCUGGAGGGUACAGUGGAGAUUUCUUUACCGACUUCAGUGAUGAAUUCAUUCCACUCUUCAUCACCAUCAAUUCAAUCUACUCCAGUGAGGACCUUGUCCUUGUGAUCUCAAAUGCACAUGAUUGGUGGACGAGGAGAUACGCAGAUUUGCUACAGACUUUCAGCAAGUACCCGAUUAUAAACCUUGACAACGACACUACCACCCAUUGUUUUCCUUCAGUCACAAUAGGCCUCAUCUCACUUGACCUAAUGAGUGCUGACCCAAAACCAAGACCAAACUCAAAAACCAUCUCGCAUUUCCAUGCACUGCUAGAUAAAACCUAUGCUCAUAACCAUCCUUCCAACCCUACCUCCCUAAAAUCCCGUCCACAGAUGGUGUUAGCUGGGCGGAACAGUGCCAUUGGACGCGUGAUCAUGAACCGAGCGAAGGUGAAAAAGGUGGCAGAGGAGGAGGGUUUUGAUGUCAUUGAGUUUGAACCAAAAUAUGCAACACCAUUGCGGGAAGCAUACGCAUUAGUGAGUUCAAGCCAUGUAAUGGUAGGGGUGCAUGGUGCAGCACUCACUCACUUCUUGUUUCUCCAGCCAGGAUCGGUUUUCAUGCAGGUGGUGCCAAUCGGAACGGAACAGCUAGCAUUUGUAAAGGCAAAAGCAUUCAUGGACAAAGAGGGUUAG